AUGACAACGGUGAACCCCGAGAUGAUCGAUACGCCCCAAGCCAUCGUCAAAUUGAUAGACAAGUUGAUGUCCAUCCACGAAGCCCGAGAUGAUGCGCUUGACAGGCCCGGCACAAUCUCCAUCAUAACUCUCUUAAUCCACGACCCCCCUUCAUCGCAGCACACUUACCUCAUUGACGUGCAUAGACUCGGCGCGCAAGCCUUCACCACCGGGGGCGUGAAUGGAACUACGAUGAAGCAGAUCCUAGAAGACCCAAACAUUCCCAAAGUCUUCUUCGACGUGCGCAUUGACUCCGCCGCGCUCUUCGCACUCUACGGCAUCGCCCUCGAAGGAGUACAAGACGUACAACUUAUGGACAGUGCGGCGAGGGACACCGCUGAAGAGAGGAUGUAUCUCAGCAAACUGCCCGAUUGCGUGAAACGAGAAAACUCUGGGAUCUCGUAUUACCGUUAUGACACUUUAUGCAGGGAGGGGGCCGCGGGCGAGCUCUUAUUUAGAGUGGAAUUCGGCGGAUCGCCUGAAGUCUUCAACAGCCGGCCCCUACCCGAUGAAAUCGUCAAAUACUGUGUGGGCGAGGUCGCAUGCCUUCCGGUGUUGCGCAACAUGCUUUGGCGGACGCGUACGCAGAAAUGGCGUGAUUUUGUGCGCGACAAGACGGAGAGACGAGUCGUGUAUACUCAUGCGGCCGAGUGUCAGUCUGGUGGGACAGAUUGGGUGUUGGCGCCGUGGAAUGAUGAGCAGAAUAAGGCGCUGGACCGGUUCGCCGCUCGUGGUUUUGAUGACUGGCUGGAGGACGAAGAGGUUAAGGAGGAUGUAGAGUGA